CAUGCGCACCAGCUCCUUUGAAAUUUCGCGCCGGCCGGAAGGUGCGACAUUGUAUAUUUUUUACACGAAUCGAGCGGGAACUGGAGAUAUUUAGUCCUCAGAAUCUCGACAGGUCCACAACCAUGGAUUUCCAGAACAUCGUGGAGAUUCUCCAGGCCACCAUAGACCACAAUGUGCGGCAGCAGGCCGAGGAAAAGCUCUCGGAGAUGCACAAGAUAAUUGGCUUUGCCCCCUUGCUGCUGCAAGUAGUGAUGACAGACCAGGUGGCCAUGCCAGUACGCCAAGCAGGUGUGAUCUAUUUGAAGAACAUGAUCUCUCAGUAUUGGCAUGAGCGCCACUCUAACGUGGGUGAGCCGCUGGCAUUCAACAUCCACGAGCAAGAUCGCACCCUCAUCCGCAAUAACCUGGUGGAAGCCAUCAUACAGGCACCUGAUCUGGUCAGGGUGCAGCUGGGCACGUGCAUGAGUCACAUCCUGAAACAUGACUACCCCGGGCGCUGGCACGACGUCAUCCAGAAACUCAACUCCUACGUCACGUCUGACCAGCCCAACACGUGGCUAGGGGCACUUCUCAGUAUUUACCAGCUGGUCAAGAACUACGAUUUAUCGCGUGCCCAAUGGGACAGGUACAAGAAGCCCGAGGAGCGCGCUCCGCUGAACGCCGCCAUGACAGUUUUCCUGCCCGUCCUGCACCAGAGACUCAUGCAGCUCCUGCCUGACCAAUCAGAGGCUUCCGUUCUCAUCCAGAAGCAAAUUCUCAAGAUAUUCUAUGCCCUUAUCCAGUACUUCCUGCAGCAGGACCUUGUCACACGGCCCAUCUUCCAGCAGUGGAUGGAGGCACUCAAACAGAUCAUGGAACGGCCUAUACCUGAGCAAACCCUGCAGAUUGACGAGGAUGAGCGACCGGACCUGCCCUGGUGGAAGUGUAAGAAGUGGGCCAUGCACAUCCUGGCAAGAGUGUUCGAAAGAUAUGGCAGUCCUGGUAAUGUCACCAAAGAAUACAACAGUUUUGCAGAGUGGUACAUCAAAACCUUCUCAGCCGGCAUCCUGAACGUUCUGCUGAAGGUUCUGGACGGUUACCGACGGAAACAGUAUGUGACUCCGCGGGUUCUACAGCAGACACUGAACUACCUGAACACAGGUGUGAGCCACGCCAUCUGCUGGAAGGUCCUCAAGCCUCACAUGGUGGACGUCAUCCGUGAGGUAGUGUUCCCCCUGAUGUGUUACACAGAUGAGGAUGAUCUGCUGUGGAAUGAGGACCCGUAUGAGUACAUCCGCAUGAAGUUUGAUGUGUUUGAAGACUUUGUGUCACCCGUAACGGCUGCCCAGACCCUCCUACACUCCACCACCUCCAAGAGAAAAGAUGUUUUACAGAAAACCAUGGGAUUCUGUAUGCAGGCUCUGACAGAUGCGAACACAGACCCUCGCCAGAAGGACGGAGCUCUCCACAUGAUAGGGACCUGUGCAGACAUUCUGCUCAAGAAAAAGAUCUACAAGGACCAGAUGGAGUCCAUGCUGCAGAAUUACGUGUUCCCGCUCUUCAGAAAUGAACUUGGCUACAUGAGGGCUCGGGCCUGUUGGGUGCUGCACUAUUUCUGUGAAGUCCAGUGGAAGAGUGAAGAGAACCUGAAGUCAGCCCUGGAGCUGGUGCACAUGUGUCUGACCCAGGAGAAGGAGAUGCCAGUCAAAGUGGAGGCUGCCAUCGCACUGCAGAUGCUCAUCACCCACCAGCCAAAAGCCAAGGAGUUUGUGGAGCCCCACGUGCGGCCUGUGAUCCAGGAGCUGCUGGUGAUCAUCAGGGAGACGGAGAACGAUGACCUCACCACUGUCAUGCAGAAACUCAUCUGUACCUACACGGAACAGUGCGCUAUCAUCGCUGUGGAGAUGACUCAACAUCUGGCGGAUACAUUUGCCCAGUGUAUUGACAGUGAGGACUCCGGUAACGAAGACAAGGCCAUCACUGCCAUGGGUCUGCUCAACACCAUAGAAACUAUUCUCACAGUCAUGGAGGAUCACAAAGAGAUUAUGAUUCAUCUGGAGGCGGUUGUGUUGAAGGUGGUAGGACUGGUGCUACGACAGCAGGUGUUAGAGUUUUAUGAGGAGAUCCUGUCUCUGAUCUACAGCCUGACAUGCUCCAGUGUGUCCCAGAACAUGUGGCAGGUUCUGUACCUGCUGUAUGAGAACUUCAAGGAGGUGGCCUUCGACUAUUUCACAGAAAUGAUGCCAUGCCUACACAACUACAUCACUGUGGACACCCAGGCCUUCCUGUCCAGCCCCAAACAUCUGGAGAUUGUCUACAAUAUGUCCAAGUCUAUCCUGACGUCAGGAGAGGCAGGGGAAGAUGCGGAGUGUCAUGCUGCCAAACUGCUGGAGGUCUCACUCAUUCAGUGUAAGGGUGUAGGCAACAUCGAUCAGUGUGUCCCCCUGUUUGUAGAGCUGGCUCUGGAGAGGUUAACCCGAGAGGUCAAGACCAGUGAGCUGAGGACCAUGUGCUUGCAAGUGGUGAUUGCAGCCCUGUACUACAACACCCCCCUGUUGGUGGAGACACUAGAGAAGAUGAGACUCCCCAACAGUAGCGAGGCCAUCACCACACAGUUUAUCAGCCAGUGGUUCAGGGACACAGACUGCUUCCUGGGCCUCCAUGACAGAAAGGUGUGUGUUCUGGGCCUGUGUGCCCUGAUGGAACUCCAGACCAGACCUGAGCCCAUCAGUUCUGCUGCUCAGAGCUUCCUACCUGCACUGCUCAUGCUGUUUGAGGGGUUGAAGAGAGCCUAUGCACAUAAGGCCUCUCUGGAGGAGGGAGAGAAUGAUGAUGAUGAUGAUGGAGAGGAUGAUGAGGACUAUGAUGGAGAAGAGCUGGCGAGUGAUGAAGAUGAGAUAGAUGAGGAUGGACAGGAGUACCUGGAAGCCCUGGCUAAGAGGGCAGGAGAACUUGAUGAUGAAGACUGGGAUGACGACGCAGAGGAAACCCCCCUGGAGAGUUACCUGACACCGCUAGAUGAGGACGACUGUACUGUGGACGAGUUUGUCAUAUUCAAGAGCGUCAUGCAAACCCUACAGAGUAGAGAGCCAGCCUGGUACAAUGCGUUGACGUCACAUCUGACUGCAGAUCAGCUGAAGGAACUGCAGGAGGUUAUUGUCAUGGCUGACCAGAGGCAAGCUGCUGCUGAGUCCAAGAGGAUUGAGCAGCAGGGAGGCUACCAGUUUCCCCAGCAGAACGUCCCCAUGGCGUUCAACUUUGGAACACCCGUAACCUUCACUGGAGGCUCCAAGUCAUAACAGUUGUGUUCUAGAUACUGGGCCUAACACAUGGAACUAUAGGGAAGGAGGGUUUUCGCAGGAGUGUUGUAUUAUCAUGGCUUUGUAAUCAGAAGUCGAUCCAGCUUGGAACAUCUGGAAAGAUGUCAGCUAGUCAAAGGAUGAUAGCCAAACACUGACCAGUUAGAGUAGUGAAGCUGCUUUACUUAUCAUGCUUUUAAAGUCAGCAGUUAAGUCCAACUCUGUGAAUCAGGUAUCCAGGCUGUUUUGAGCAGAAAUCUGAAGGAUGUGCUCUGGCUUUUCUGGUAAUUAUGCUACUGCCAAUAAGUGUCUACUUCAAUCUCAAGGGUCUGUCUGUGUCCUGGACCUGAGGUUGGGAAAGUGAUGAUAAGCGCUAUUUGACACAUUUUCAUGGAAACCCCGAGAAAGCGGGGAGUACUACUACCUGCAUUUCAAGUUACAGCUUUUAAACAUACAGCAGAGACCGUAAAGUAGCAAAGUAGUAUCAUUUUCAAAUGCCCCCUGAAAAUGAGCGUAGUAAAGGCCUUGGCCAAUCGGAUAUUUUGUGGUCAUUUCAUCCCUGAUGUAUGUAGGUGAUACUGAUAGAUACAAUAAGUGAGUACUUGCUGCAUAUUGCUAAUAUUGUAAAUGUAUUCCAAAUGUUUUGUCCUGACACACUUGGUAAAUGUCAUUGUGUUGCAGGAACCAGAUAGUGUGUAACAUGUGCAUUUGUCAUCAAUUUGGCCACAAGACCACUCUCAAACUACAUGAACUUGUCUGUACUUCAUGCCUGACUCAGACAUGGCCUUGUUGUUAGUUACAGUGUGAGUGGUCACUUUGUGUUAGUUUCCCUCUGACUGAACGAUCUUAUGUACCUUAUGUAGGUUCUCUUUAGUCCUCUGCUUCAAAACAGACCAUGUCCUACAUGUACGUUCACAAAACUGUUGUAAUCUAUGACUUUCAUGACUGUUUGGGGGAUAGUCAUCAACUACAUGUAUGUAGCUCUUGGUCAGGUCCAGUUUUUUUGGCUGGAUGUAGUUGUACCAGGGAGUUACAAAACAGCAAGGCAAAUAUCUCAUGGCAAAGUGUCUUUUUACAGGCACUAGAUUCACAUGUUGUAAAGCAAAUGGUGUUGCCAAAUAAUCUUGAUGUUAUCCUUUCUGUGUCUGAUUUAUCCUAACUUAAGAUCUGCUGACACCCGUUGUGUACCAGUGAUUUAAGUGACUUUCCAGGCUGGGUUUGGAUGUGACUGAGAUAAACAUUUGCUUUUGUCUGUAUGUGUCCUGAUAUCUUUCACCAUAAGUUUUGCCAUUGGGGGGUAGAGAGUUUUCAUGUUGUGGGAUGUAGUAAUGCUAUACCUGCUGUCCUGAAACUAAAGAAUUCCUUAUUCUACCUUCACAGAAACACAAUCACAAAUAUGCAUGUAUUCAUCUGUUUGGCCAGUACAUGUCAGAUUUGAUGUGAACAGGAAUUGCUCAUGUAAUGGGUUCAGGAAAUCAGGAAUGAAGCAAAAGCUACUUUUCCCCAGUUAGUUACAUGUUGGCAACAUCUGUGAGGAAACAUAUCUGGGCACAUAUAUAUAAAAAUGAACAUUCCAUCUCAGAUUAUGUAAACAGGCCUGGCCUCAAUUAAGGGCAUUUGUAAGUUGUGGUUGGGCAAAUGCCAUGUGAAGCGAAAUACCACUCAAGAACAAGUCUUGUGUGUAUUGUAUACAUUAUGAUGUAACUGCUGUUUUUCCAAUAGCUUCAGCCUUUGUUUAUUCAUGAAUAUUGUUGAUAAUCGGAAUUGUUUUCCUGGGAAAGGGGGCUAGCCUAUCAAAGACGUCUACAUAAAUCAACAAUUCAUUUAUGACAAAACAUGGGUGCACAAAAAUAUGUGCCACUGGUAAGGGAUGUGUAAAUACUUUUUUUGUAAAUUAUUUUUUUGCAGGACCUUGUAAAACUGAAUUCGGACGUUGCAAUCUGUAGUCAUGAAACGGCAUGACUGAAAUUAGUAAAACAUUUCCUACAACAAAACAAAAAAAAAAGGAAAGAAAAAGGGGAAGGAGCACAUAUUUUUGAGCAUUCCUUUUAUUAAUGAUGACUUGUUGCCAGACUGUUACAUUAUGAAACAGAAGGAUGUGUGGACCUGCUGAUUAUGGUUUUAUGUCGGCAAUAAAUUGUGUGAUAUGUAAAAG